AUGAAGAAGAAGCUACCUCGGGUAGAGCUGGAAUGCCUGCCGCAGAUUCCCACAGCCACAGUCUUGUGGUCAGCACACUUUUCGGCCAUGCCCAACUUCCCGAUCGAUGGCGGCGCCGAGCUCUGCGUCACCCCGAGUGGUGGCGUGGGCAAACAACCGCUGAGCUUGAACUUUCAGUGCCGACAUGUGCGGCGGAUGCUGAGCAUCAACAGCGGAGGCUUCGCUGGGCGUCUGCACUGGGCAGUGAUGGCGCCGGACGGCAGCUGGCAAGCGCCGAAAGUGCAGCCAGAUGGGUCUCAGGACUGCGACGGAGUGGCGUCCAGUGCCCACCUCAACGGUGAUGGCAAUGUGACCAUGACCUUCCGUGGGGGAGAGGUACCAGAGAAGAUCACCCUUGUGGUGGUCAUCGAAGUGCAGGGCCAGACCCAUUGGCUGAAAGGCCCGGGUGGGGAGAACUUCGUGAUCGAAGUGGCGCAGCUGGCGGCGGAGGUGGGGGGCGGGGCUUUGGGCGGCGACACCCGCGUGGCGGAGCGAGUCGCCAAAUGGCCCGAGUUGGAGGCCGCCAAGGCCGCGGUGGCAGCGAGUUCCUCUCCCGAUGGCAUCGCGGCUUCUCCGACGCAGCGUCGGCGCAAGACAUCGGAUGCAUCGCCUGUGGCAAACGGCAGCGACAUCUUCGUGAAGGCUGGGGAGAUGCAGGCGGAGCAGGGUAUGGGCUCCCUGAAGUGGACAACAACCUCCAGCAAGGACCAGGUCUCUGUUUUUAUCGAGGCCUUCCUGGAGCUCACGGAGGACGCCUCGGUGCAGCUGCACUGGGGCGCCGCCAAGGCCGCCGGCGCGGAGUGGCAGCCCGUAGGCGCGUUGCCCCCGAACAGCAAAGCCUUCGACGACAUCGCUGCGCGGACCCCAUUUGUGGGCCAGGCGCGCCUGGCAAUGAGCUUCCGGCACGCACAGGCGCCGCGCUGGCUCUCCUUCGUGGUGUACAUCAAGAUCGGCUCCGGAGAGAUGUGGCUGAAGCGCGAGGGCGGCGACAACUUUUGGUUGCCGGUGAUGGCAUCGCCGGAUGAAUGCCCGCAGCCCACAGCCAGCGGCGGCGAGGUGAGCGGGGGCGACAAGUUUUGCCAGGCGGAGACGCGGUACCAGCACUUCACCCAGUUCCAGCGUCUCUGCAUCUGCAGCGACGCCUUGGCCGCGGGGGUGGACUUCGAGAGCGCGGCCUGGGUCACCACGGUGCUGUGCUUGGCGGACGCCAAAGCGCUGGAGUGGUACCGGAAGUCCGGCUACCAACCCAAGGACAUGGCCCAUGCACAAGAACGAAUUGGUGGAGUCAUCAGUUCUGCAGUGGCCAACGCGGUGGAGCCCCGUGUUAGGACCCUUCUGCGGCUUGCAGUGAAAGCAGUGCCGCGGGGCAGCUCCGGCGGCGGCGACGCCAUCCGCCACGGGAUCCUGAACAUCAUGCGCAACCAUGGGAUCAAGGAAGGCCACCGACCAGGCAUCGAGUGCAAGUUCAUUGAGCAAUGGCAUCAGAAGCUGCACACCAACAGCGCGCCGGAUGACAUUGCCAUCUGCGAGGGCUAUCUCGCCUUCUUGCAGUCGGGGAACGUGGAUGACAUGUGGCGGGUCAUGUGGGAGGUGGGGAAGCUCACGCACGAGGACCUGGGGAAGAUGUGUCAGAUGGGAUUCAAGGACCACACCAAGAGCGGCGGACGUGGCUUGAACUUCACUCCCGUGCAUCUGCCCCACAUGUACAACGACGUGAAGGGCUUCUUGGGCCUGCUGAGACAUGUGCAUGGUGGCACCGACCUCUUCGCUCUCUGUGAGGCUUGCAAAGGGCAGUACCCGGAUCAUGAGUCGGAGUGCUUGGCCUUCACCAUUUUCCACAGCCGCGAUGACCCGUUCUCCCUCGGCAAGAUUUUGGACCUCAGAAGGCGGCUGGAGUCCCUGACCUGGAAGCGGGACGUGCUCAUGCUGGAUGUGGCCAUGGAGGAACAGCUGAGGAUGUUGGCGGAGCGCAGCAAUGUCGGUGAUAUGCAGCGCGACGAUUUGCUGACAUUCAUCUUCCUCAUCUUAGAAGACCUCAUGCUCUCGCGUCACGACCCCUCCAUGCAGCAGGGCUAUGCGCUGCUACAGAAGCUCCAGGGCCUGCCAGGCAAGUGGGAGCCGGAGUGGUGCAAGAUGCUCCACGCUGCCUGCGACCGCCUGGCGCUCACCUGCACCGCCACGGCGGACGCGGUCUCAACGGCGCUGCAAGAGUGCGCGGACAAGUUGCUGGAGGCGGGCUCCCGCCCGGGCGCGGUCUUCUCCCCGGAGCAGAAGCACCUGGGCAGCUUCGGAGAGGAGAAAGCGCGGUGUCUCACCGAGCGCGUGCUGGCACAGACGCUCAAGGUCUUCAUGCCGCAGUUGCGAAGGUGGAGCGGCCUGGGCCCCUGGGAGGUGGUGGCCCUGGGCUCCGCGGGCGGCGCGCUGGGCGCGCUGAGGGCCUGCAACGAGCUGCCGGCGGAGGCGCCGCCCAGCCCGGAGCUGCUGGUCUGCUCCAGCAUGACCGGCUGGGAGGACAUUCCGGCGAACAUCCACGCCAUUCUGCUUCCUGCAGGACAGGCAGUUGAUACAUUGUCUCACGUCGCCAUCCGCGCGCGAAACCAAGAGGUGCUCUUGGCCUCCUGCGAUGAGGAGGCCCAGCUGGAUCAGCUGCGAAAGCUGCAGGGUCAGAAUCUCAAGCUGCAGGUCUCAGCCACGGGGGAAGUCACCUGGCAGCAGAGCUCCGAGAAGUCGCAGCUGAAGAACACCUCCGCCAACGCCUUCCUGGCGGAGACCAUGAAGCCGCCGCCCGCGGCUCCGGCGAUUGUGCUGCCGUCCUCGGACUUCAAGAAGCACAACAAGUGCAUAGGAGGCAAAAGUCUUCACCUGGCGGAGCUCGCCAGCGAUGGCACGUACGAUGUGCCCAAGAGCGCGACCAUUCCAUACGGCAUCUUUGAGCAAGUGCUCAAGGACCAGGUCAACGAGGGCAUUGAACAAGAACUCCAGGAGAUCGUCGCCGAGGGCAACUUGGCGGAGGCCCGGCAGUUCCUGGAGGACGAGCUGGUGGUGCCCGACACCAUCCGGCCCGCGCUGGACGCGGCGCUGGGCGCUUCGGCGAAGGCGCUGGAUGCCGGGGACUGGCAGCGGGCCCUGAAGCGCGUCUGGGCGUCCAAGUGGACGGAUCGGGCCGUCGCCAGUCGGAAGCAGAUGAAGGUGCCAGACAAGGCACUCUACUUAGCCGUGCUCGUGCAGCCUCUGGUGCACGCGCGGUACGCCUUUGUGAUUCAUACACGAUCUCCGCUUCCUGGCGCGAAUAAGGAGGAGGCCUUGGUGGAGCUCUGCGUGGGUCUCGGGGAGUCUCUGGUGAGCAACGCUCCCGGGCGAGCGCUCUCCGCCAGCGUGGCAGGGGAGUCCAUCACCGUCCACGUGUUCCCCUCGAAGCCGGAGGGCGUCUUUGUGCCGGAAGGCGGAACUGCCAUCUUCCGAUCUGACUCCAACGGCGAGGACUUGGAGGGCUUUGCGGGCGCGGGGCUGUAUGAUUCGGUGACGGUGAAGGAUUGCGAGCAUCGAUCCAUCGAGUACGCAGAGGAGCCUCUCAUUUUUGACUCCGCCUUCCGCUCUCAGCUCUUGCAGAAGCUCUUCCGCAUCGGAAGACACAUCGAGAAGAACUUCAGUGGAAAGCCGCAGGACAUUGAAGGAGCCGUCACGGCAGAUGGAAAGAUUGUGGUGACCCAAUCCCGGCCACAGGUUUAAAAUCGUGAAAAAAGAGACUGCAGCUCUGAGAGGCUGCAAAUGUUCUAAGCAUUUGAUGCCGGAGUUGCUCGAACCUUCCCCCUAUCCCACUUUGCCAGUUGCCGGA